CUCUUUUGUUCUAAGCAUUUCUCGGUUGCAAACUACUCAAGCGAAGAUGGCUGAUCUUAUCCUUGCUCCUAUUGUGGAUACCGCAAUAUCCAAGGUGAUUUCCUAUGGUUUCAAUCAGAGUGGCUUGGGUGCGGCGUACAAGCUGGAGCUGAGGAAGUUUACUUUCACACUGAGCAUGGUCAGGGCUUUGUUGCAAGAUGCGGAGAAACAGCAUGUGACCAGCCACCCAGAUCUGAAGCCUUGGCUCAAGGGACUUCUAGCAAUCGUUGAUGAGGCUCAUGACAUAGUGGAGGAGUUCACUUAUAAAAGUCUUUUGAGAAAGGUGGCUGCUCGGAAACCGAUGUGGAAACAGGUAAAUAUAGAGAGAUGUGCCAAGUUGAAAAGUCCUCCAUCAGUUAGUGAAUUAACAAAUCUCCAGAUGCUCCACAUUUUGGACUGUAAGGAGCUGAGUAGUAUAGGGGAGAGCUUGUCAACGUCCGUAGAUCUCAAAAAGUUGAUGAUAAGGAAGUGUCCCAGUCUGAUUUAUGUUCCAAACUUACACGGGCUUUCCUCUCUUCAUACUUUAACUAUAGAGGAAUGUGAUGGCCUAACAAGUCUACCAAGUGGGUUGUCAUCUUGCAGUGCUCUUGAGGAGUUGAGGAUACAUUGCAAUUAUCUCACCUCUAUUCCAGAGGAUUUGAAUGCAUUUUGUUCUCUUGUUCGUUUAGACAUUUCAAGAUGUAGAAACUUGAUAAGCAUCCCAGGGGAAAGCCUUGGCAGCCUUGCUUGCUUGAAAGCAUUGUGUAUUGGUGGCUUCUCAGAAGAGUUAGAGGUAUUCCCGGAUCUUAAUUCCAUCUACCACCUCAAAUCCUCCCUGGAGAAUUUGACUGUGAUUGGAUGGGAGAAACUAAGGCAUCUACCCCAUCAAAUUCAACACCUUACUCACCUUAGGAAACUGAGUAUAAAAGAUUUCCAUGGAGUGGAAGCUUUGCCAGAGUGGUUGGGAGAGUUAACCUCUCUGCGUUCUCUGAGUAUUAUUGACUGCAAGUCUCUGAAACAUAUGCUAUCAAUGGAUUGCCCGUUUAGAUUACAAUUCUUUCACAUUGAUAACUGCCCUUGUUGGGAAUAUUAUUAGAAAUGUGACAUUCAAACCUGCAAAAAUGAUGCAAUGAAACUGCCAUGAAAUGGCAGCAAUGACGCUGAAAAUUGACAGCAAAUGAAGCUGCAAUUUGACAGAAAAUAUGACAGCAAUUUAGCUGCAACUAUGAUGGAAAUGAAGCUUUCAAUUGACA